CGAACGUGCGAGUUUCCCCAGAAGUUUGCGAGCUGCAUCCGGCGCCUGCUGGUGUGAAAGCGGGCGAAGCAGCUGCUGCUGCUGUCCCGUCAUGGAGCGAGGAGGCCCGGGAGAGGCGUUUUCUCUUCCUUCCUUUCCGUUUUAAACAUUGCCUCUUUCUUCUUUGCAUUGUGCUGGCUUCUUCCCGGCAGGCUGCCGCGUUGCUCAAGAAUUCCUCUCCAACAAAAUGGAAGGUGUGCAAUUUGGGUGGUGAUGGACUCUGACCGGCUCCCGGGGAUGGAUAUCGGUCUCCUCCCAUUGCAGCCUGAGAGUUGAUCGAUUGCCAAGGAAAAGGCUCUUCUUUGUAUUUCACAUAAAUACCUUGUGGCAAAAUUGAUCUUAACGAACAAACCAAACAUAUAGGAGAUUUAAUACUAUUUCUAUUCAAUCAAGCGUAGACCAAGACUUCUUGCAUUACAGCCAUAGGUUUCUCAAGAAUAGAAUUCAACUGGAGUGUGUAAAAGAACCUUCAUGUUCACUGGACGUUCCAUCCUAGAUCUUCAAGUGCUGCAAGAUAAUGUGUAAAAGGAGCGAAAAAAUGAAACUCUUAUAUCUAGCGAAAAGUGAGGAUUUGCUGAGAGAAACAGAAGCGGAGCGGGAGAAUAUCGUCUGGGAGUGGAAAGAACUGCAAAGAUUCCUCCGAGAUCAAGAAGAGGUUUUGUUAAGGCGGUUGGAAGAGCUGGAGAAGGACAUCAUUGCGAGGAGAGACGAACACCUUUCAGGAAAAGGCCCGGGCAGAUCCGGCAAGGGGCUUCUGUCAAAGAACCUCAAAGGAGCAAACAAGGGGUACGUUUGCUUAACUGUCGGGUUGGCCUCAGAACAGUCCUGGACUGGAAAAGCCCCUUGGCUCUUGUGUUGUGUAUUGUGCACAGAUUAUGCCUGCUUGAAGAAUGGGGCGUCUUCUAAGUUUAAGGGAGAGUUCAUGGAGCUGGAACACAGGCUCAACCGUUUUUCUAGAAAGAGGAUUGAACUCAAAGAAGUGCUAUGUACAUUUAAAGAAAUGCUGAAGCUAGAACUGGACGAAGAGGGAGAUGCAUAUCUUUUACCUGGAGGCCGAGAAAAGUCAGCAUGGUACUCUCGCUUUCUCCAUUCCUGCAGAAGGACUGGAGAGGGGCUGGCUUUGCCCCAGUUUGCUCAGAAGCCUGUUUCCUUUGAGGAGGUCGUUGUGCGCUUCUCCAAGGAAGAAUGGUCUCUCUUGGACCCCAGUCAGAGAGUCUUGUACAGGGAAGUGAUGCAGGAGAAUUACGAAAAUGUGGCCUCUCUCGUUCUGUCCCUCACCAGUUUGGGUCCAAACUCCUGGGUGGAGGAAGAAGACGAGGCCGUGUUGGGUCUAUGCUCUCAACGUUCUGAGAAAGGGGACCAUCACAAUGUCACCAUUACAGUGCUCAGUGGGCAAGAGAGGAGCAAGGAGAAGGAGAAAGAUCUCCUGCCAGCGAAUUUUGAGAAAACUGUGGUUCAAGACACCUUGAGAAAAGAUGAAGAAUAUCGUCUUGAGAAGCCCGCAACUCAUCAACGCAGAUCUGAAAGACAGAGGAAAGCUGGCCAGAAGACCCAAGAAGAGGAAUCAAUGCUUUCUCCCGUUGACCGUCAAAAGAUUGGCAAAAUUCUUCUCCAACCUAGAAGUGACAAAGGAGGGAAACAAAAGUUAUGUCCCAAAUGUGGGAAAGUAUUUAACCGGAGUAUCCUUCUUCUGAAGCAUAAGCAGAUGCACCAAAGGACCACUCCCUAUCAGUGUUCAGACUGUGGGAAGAUCUUCAGCCAGCGCUCCCAUCUUUGCAAACACAAGAAGUCGCACGCAAAAGAGAAGCGGUUCAGGUGCUCCGACUGUGGGAAAACCUUCCACCGGAGCUCCCACCUCUCUUCACAUCAACGGAUCCACACCGGGAUUAAGCCCUACACGUGUUCAGGUUGUGGAAAAAGUUUCUCCCGGGGGCCUGACCUUCGGAGGCACCAGAAAUCCCACACGGGAGAAAAACUGCACAAAUGUUUGGACUGUGGGAAGAGCUUUGGCUUACACUCGACCCUUAUCAAACACGAAAGAAUUCACACGGGAGAGAAGCCAUAUAAGUGCUCCAACUGCAAGAAAAGUUUCUCUCAGAGGUCUCACCUCAUCGUGCACAAGAGGAUCCACACGAAGGACAGACCCUUCAAAUGCUUGCUCUGUGGCACCGGCUUUAUUCAGAAAGCACAUCUUAUUUCGCACCAGAGGACCCACACGGGGGAAAAACCUUUUCGCUGCUGCAGCUGUGGCAGAAGCUUUAAACGCAACUCCACCCGUGUGAAGCACGAGAAGAACCAUGAGAAAGAUUUGGAGGCUUUGCGGGUAAGGAGCCUUUCUCUCAGCACUUCCCCGUCGUGUGGUCGUGAAGGAUCAACAUGGAGGUCCAGCUGUAGAAAUGUUCAAAGGGUGGGAAAAGCUGCUGCUUAACCCCAUAUUAGCAAGAACAGAAGGAAAGCAGAUGUGACCCUGGAAUAUCCUGGACUCAAUUUCCCAGUUCAUUUUGGGAAAUGUGAGAGGAGUGGCGGGAUGCUUCAGUUCUGUCUGGAAAAGCCAUGAUAGAGGAAGGGGGAGGGGCGUUAAGCAGCCGCCUCUUCCGGGUCAUUUCCUGGAUUAAAAUGGUGCUUCUUCCCCCCCCAAACUGCUAAGAGAUGCACACUGGAAAAUGUCCAGGAACGUGUGUUCCCCCAUGCCUGCUGUUUUUCCACUGCAAAUCUCAUACCAGCUUUGUAGGAUUUAAAUCAGAGAAAUUACUUUGUGGGGAAUGGAUUAGAUGUCUCUGCUUCAGUCUGUUUUGGAGGUUCUCAGGUUGAUUUUACACACAAGGGAAGAUCGGAUGAUUGGCUUCCUACUAGGAAGGAAGGAGGUCUGUGAAGUUUCAGAUCUGUCGGUAAGCAACCAAGUAUUCUCUUGAUGUUUUUGACUUCAUCUCCCACAGUUUUUUGCUACUGGCCAAUUAUAGUUUGGAGCAGCAGCAGGUGAGAGUCCCAAACAACUGGGAGACAUCAGGUUGCCUGUCCUGUGGCUGAACCACAUCUGCCCCAAGCACAUUUCCAGAUUACCUGCAGCACUGGCUACUGAGGGUGCUCAGUUCUCGGGGGAACAUGACAUUGUCUCCAUGAUGAAUUUUGUUACCCUUUUUCUCCUCUCGGUAUGUUGGUGGAUUCCUCCUUUUUCUCAGGGUGCAGGUUUUGUUCUCACCAGCUGAAAUUACAACUAGAGUAACUAAUGAAUUUCUGGCAGGGUCCUUAGAAUGAUGACUGUUGCGUGUCAACACAGAGGAAAAUCAGUAUAGGAAGUUGCCUUCCUGUAAGGCAGACCAUUGUCAGUUCCAUACAGCUCCAGGCUAAAUGAGGACUGGGCAACCUGCCAUCCUAAGGGCUCGUGGGACCAGAGGUAUCUGUGGGAAGGCUGGGAGGGGGGCAGAGAAUGAAAACAGAAUCACACCGACACAAUGCAAGCCCUCCCCUUUUUGUACAUACGUUGUGAUAUUGCAGACAUGCAUGAAAAGGGCAGAGCUUCUGUUCCACCAGUGCAAUGCUACCUUCAACAUUUUGAUGAAAGCUCUGGAUCCAGCAGAUGGCCUGCAUGGACCUCCCGAGUCUCCUGUGAUGGUGGCCCUUGGUCACCCCUACACUAAGCCAUAACUGGGUUUGAUUUGGCUUUGAAAUCAUUUCUUUUGGUUUGGCCUGGGGUGAUGUGGGAACCCAGGCACUUUGAUCUAGUUUAGUGUGUGUUGGGUGAAUCCUGUGAAUUGUGGUUUAUUCAAUAAACCAUGAUUCAAUCAUGGAUUAGUACAGUACGUGAAUGUAUCAUAUUUAAUCAUCUCAUCCUAACAUAAUUUGUUGUGGUAGAGAGCAGCACUCUGGUCUGGCACUGAGCAGAUAGGAAUUUCUCUUCUGCCAAGUUUUUGGGGGAGAAUAAAAAGCUUUACAGCUUUAUAGCUGUAUCGUUUCUGAAAAUAAUACUGUACGUGUAUUUUGUGGCUAGAUUUUUCAAGUGGACUAGUUUUAUAGAAGAAUGAAUGAAUUCUGGGAGUUGAAGUCCACACUUCUUAAAGUUGCCAAGGUUGAGAAACACUGGUUUACUCCUUUAGAAAUUGAAAUAACUAGAAUAUAGUGGCCUUUUAUGUAUUAAUUUUAAUAGAAAAGACAUUAGAAACAUUGAAAUUAAGUAGCUAAUUCUAUUCUCAAAUUGAUGCCCUCCAAUUUUUUAAAAUGAUAGUCAGCUCCAGUGCAAGUCUUCCAGAUGUGCGAAGACUUCCCUUGUCUAGGUUUCUGCUUGACUGAAGCCACACUGAUGUUUGAAUGUAGCAACCUAGCCAAUUUUGAAUAUGCAGUCCAUUUGAGUCCAAUUAUUUAGGCUAUUUUUUUGUUCUUGUUCUGUUUCGGUAUCUGAAUAUUUAUUGUUGUACACUAUUUGCAAUAGACACCCUAAAUAUUUCUGGGUUAGAAAGCAAGGUAUCCAAAUUUAGAAUAAACACAAACCACGUCUAAACAUUUUCCACCCUCUUUAAAAUUCAAGGGGAACCUGCCUUUUAGAUCUGAAGGAGGCUGGCGUGAAGCGAAACUAAUGGAUUGAUGACUCAGGGUUGGAGAUGUAUUAAAAUGCCAUGUUUUCAUCUAGCUUUCAGUUGGACGUCUGCUCUUGGAUGUGGCUGUCCCCUGUGGAGAAUCAAAACAAAAGUAUAGCUUGAAUUAAUUAUACUAUCUUAUACAUAAAGAUACGGCGUGGUGUAUGUUUUUAGUUGUACAGUAUUUCUCUAGCAGUGUCUUUAAAUAGGGAUUCUUGUUACGAGGCCAGUUGGUUGGCUGUUGGUAAUUAAAUGAAUUUAUGCCUUGAUCACAGGCAGUAGAUUCAAGGGUAUGCCCUGCUAUGUUUCCUUGUUCCCAACUUUCCUUUCUCAGCUAAGUAUGGAAUCAUCUCAUUAGAAUAACAGAGCCCUUGACCUCUCUCAUAUAUCAAAGUUGCUCUGUUGUGCUCCAAAGAAUGCAUUUCAGGUGUCUUCACACCACGAAUAAUACCUGAAUGUCCCUUAGUUGUAAACCUCUUCUUUUAAUGUAGACAUGUUCUUAAACUGUCUUUGAUCCACAUUCAGUAUAAGACCUUGGUGAAUCUUGCUUUUGGUUUUCCUGAGUGCAAGUAACCAGUGACUCAUUGUAACCUGCUAACUUUGGAAAAUAAAACCAUCAUUGGA